AUGUCUGGCUCAGGAUACGACGCCGUCGUCGACGUUGACGAUGAGGGUGAUCUCGGCCACACCGACCUCCAAGAAGAUCUCGAAUUCCACACGUCCAACUUCAACGACACAAAUCCCAACACCCGAAAGCCUCCUUCGGGCGGCAGCGGUCUUCCUGCCCCGGCCACAGCUUCGAGCGGCUCAGGUUCAUCCAAGCGCUUCCUCUGGAGCAUGAACUUUUAUGCGCAGUUCUUUGAUGUCGAUACUUCCGCUGUUCUGUCCCGCUGCUGGGCUGCUCUCUUCCCCCGGGCAAACUUUCUUGAUGUUCUCGAGGGCAACCCUGAUUUAUACGGACCAUUCUGGAUCGCCACAACAGUUGUCUUGAUUCUGUUCCUGGGAGGUACUAUCAGUCAGUAUAUGUCUGAUACGGGCAAGGGACCGUUCCUUUACGAUUUCAAGCUGUUGAGCGGCGCCGCCGGCCUCAUCUAUGGCUACACUCUUUUCAUCCCCAUGGGUCUGUUCCUUGCCCUCAAAUACUUCGGCAGCGAAUCCGCCAAUCUUCUCGAGUGCUGGGCUCUAUACGGCUACUCUAACCUGAUCUGGAUUCCUGUGGCCCUUAUCAGCUCAUCACCCAUUUCCAUUCUCAACUGGGUUUUUGUUGGUGUUGGUUACGGCAUCUCGGUCGCGUUCCUGCUGCGCAACCUGUAUCCUGUUCUCAGCGCCACAGAUCGCCAGGUCAGCAAGAUUCUGCUGGUCGUCGUUGUGCUACUACACGCCGGUUUGGCGCUUGCCAUCAAGAUCCUCUUCUUUGCCCAUGGCAGCCCCGUGUCCAGCACACCAGAUAAGGGCAAGGGUGACCGCAUGUUUUAA